UGACUAGUAAGUAAAAACUCACAAAAUUCACAAUUUAGCCAUACAGAGUCCUAUUCGUCCCACAUAAAUAACAGUAAUGCAUACCUAGCUAACCCCAUAGAGACUGUGUCUGUUCCUCGCAUUAUUAGAUCAAGAAACAAACGUACUGUGUGCUCCAGAAAUAAUCUAUUAAGAAAUAAACCAGAAAAAACACUAAAAAGUGAAAAUACAAAUUUCAUGAAGCUUGGUCUCCUAAACAUCAGGUCACUAGCACCUAAAGCACUUAUCAUAAAUGAAAUAAUAACAGAUAACAAUCUUAAUGCACUCUGUCUCACUGAAACCUGGCUGAAACAAAAUGACUAUAUUAGUUUAAAUGAAGCAACUCCUCCAGGAUUCUUAUAUAAACAUGAGGCUCGUCAAACUGGUCGUGGUGGUGGAGUCGCGUCAAUCUUUAGUGAUAUUCUUAAAGUUAAUCAGAGAAACGGACUUAUGUUUAGCUCCUUUGAAGUAUUAGCGCUUAAUGUUGUCCUUCCAAACACUAUGCAAAAACCUAUGUUAUCUCUCGCUCUAAUCACCAUAUAUAGACUCCCAGGACCCUAUGUCAAUUUUCUAAAAGAGUUUUCUGAUUUUAUCUCUGACUUACUAGUUAAAACUGAUAAAAUACUAAUUGUAGGAGACUUUAACAUCCACAUAGAUGACGCUAACGACACAUUAGGGCUCGCGUUUAUGGACUUACUGCUCUCACUAGGAAUAAAGCAAAAUGUUAUUGGUCCAACCCAUCGCCUAAAGCAUUCACUAGAUCUAAUUCUGUCUUAUGGAAUUGAGGUCAUUGAUGUAGACAUUAUACCACAAAGUGAUGAUAUUACAUACCACUACCUCUUACUAUAUAAGCUGUGUUUACCUGAAAUUAGCAGAUCCGCUCAAAUAUAUCGCCAUAGUAGAACUAUUGUUCCAUCCACCAAAGAUGAAUUUAUAAAUAACUUACCUGAUCUUUCUCUACUUCGAAAUGCACCCGCAAACGCAAAUGACCUUGAUGUAGUAACCAGCAGUAUGGAUGCCAUCUUUACUAGCACUCUAAAUACUGUGGCACCCAUCAAACUAAAAAAGGCUAGAGAAAAUAAAACUACACCGUGGUAUAAUAGUCAUACCCGCGCUCUCAAAACAGCAACCCGUGCCCUGGAAUGUAAAUGGAAAAAACUAAUUUAGAAGUCUUUAGAAUUGCAUACAAAGACAGUAUGUCCAGCUAUAGGAGGGCUUUAAAAUCUGCCAGGGCUGAGCACCUCCACAAACUGAUAGAAAAUAAUCAUAACAAUCCUAGAUUCUUAUUUAACACCAUUGCUAAAUUAACAAAUAAUCGGUCAUCUUUGGAACAAAACGUUCCACCGCAAAUUAGUAGUGAUGACUUCAUGAAUUGUUUCAGUGAUAAAAUAGAAGGCUUUAGACAGAAAAUAGGAGAUUUUAAACUUUCUGCACCGCCUUAUACUUCAGAUCCAGUAAACACGCCACUGAAUCUAAAUAACCUACAGUGCUUUAAAAUCAUAGAACAGGAAGAGCUAGACAAAAUUAUAAAUAGCUCUAAACCAGCUAUGUGUAUAUUGGACCCAAUUCCAACAACGUUACUGAAAGAAUUGCUACCUGUUAUAGGAGAACCUCUUCUUAACAUUAUCAACUCUUCUUUAUCUUUAGGCCAUGUCCCAAAUCCUUACAAGUUAGCUGUUAUUAAACCUAUUAUUAAGAAACCACAACUGGACCCAGCAACUUAGCUAAUUAUAGGCCUCUUUUCAAAUCUUCCAUUUAUAUCUAAAAUACUAGAAAAAGUUGUUUCUGCUCAAUUAUGCUCCUUUCUGCAGACGAACAAUGUUUUUGAAGUGUUUCAGUCAGGUUUCAGAGCUCAUCACAGUACAGAAACUGCAUUAGUGAAAAUAACCAACGAUUUACUCUUAGCUGCUGACCAAGGGUGCAUCUCGCUAUUAGUUCUACUCGAUCUUAGUGCGGCAUUUGACACCAUUGACCAUGGUAUCCUUAUUAAUCGCUUAAAGUCUACAGGUGUCCAGGGACAGGCCCUACAAUGGUUUAAGUCAUACUUAUCUGACCGUUACCAGUUUGUGAAUAUUAAUGGACAGCCUUCACAAAUCAGCCCAGUAAAAUACGGGGUGCCUCAAGGAUCAGUUUUAGGCCUUUUGCUGUUUACAAUAUACAUGUUACCCCUGGGAGACAUUAUUAGAAGACAUGGGAUCAGCUUUCACUGCUAUGCAGAUGAUACUCAAUUAUAUAUUUCAACUAAACCUGACGAGACGUCUAAACUGUCCAAGCUAACUGAGUGUAUUAAAGAUGUUAAAGACUGGAUGACCAACAAUUAUCUUCUCUUAAACUCAGACAAAACAGAAUAAUUACUUAUUGGGCCUAAAUCCUGUACACAGCAGAUCUCACAACUCGACCUACAAUUAGAGGGAUACAAAGUUAACGUUAGCGCUACUAUAAAAGAUCUGGGUGUCAUAUUAGACAGCAAUUUAACUUUUAAAAAUCAUAUAUCCCAUGUCACAAAAACUGCUUUCUUUCAUCUGAGAAAUAUUGCUAAGUUACGAAGUAUGCUAUCCAUCUCAGAUGCAGAAAAGCUAGUCCAUGCUUUUAUGACUUCUAGGCUGGACUACUGUAAUGCACUGUUUGCUGGCUGCCCAGCAUCCUCUAUUAACAAACUUCAAUUAGUACAAAAUGCAGCUGCCAGAGUUCUUACCAGGUCUAGAAAAUUUGAUUACAUCACCCCAAUUUUAUCCUCCUUACACUGGCUGCCUGUUAAGUUUCGUAUCGCUUCUUACAUAUAAAGCUUUAAAUAAUCUAGCUCCUGUUUAUCUAACCAAUCUUCUGUCUCGCUACAAUCCAACUCGCUCUUUAAGGUCUCAAAACUUAGGGCUUCUGGUAGUACCUAGAAUAGCAAAGUCGAGUAAAGGAGGUCGAGCCUUCUCAUUUAUAGCUCCUACACUCUGGAAUAGCCUUCCUGAUAACGUCCGAGGCUCAGACACACUCUCCCAAUUCAAAACUAGAUUAAAGACCUAUCUGUUCAGUAAAGCAUACACUUAGUGCACCACUUAGGGGGCUUCCACACAGGUUUUGCAUCUUGUUAUUAUACACUGUGAACAUCAGCUAUGCUAAUUGUUUUCUUUAUUCUC